AUGGUCUCUCUGCAGGAGAACAGCUGGGAAGAGGGCAUCUGCCCCAUCUGCCAGGAGAGCCCCACGGAGGCCGUGAGCACCGACUGCGGACACGUCUUCUGCCGAGUGUGCCUGGCCCAGCACGUGGACAAGGCCUCCGCCUCCGGAGUCUUCUGCUGCCCCCUCUGCAGGAAGCCCUGCUCUGAAGGGGUCCUGGGAGCAGGCCACAUCUGCCACAGCCACCAGAAGAGGGUGCGCUGGUUCUGUGAGGAGAGCAGGCUGCUUCUGUGUGUGGAAUGCCUGGUGUCCCCCGAACACAAGUCUCACUGUGAGCUGGCCAUUGAAAACGCCAUCAGUCACUACAAGGCAGAGAGCCAGCUGGGCGCCCCCCCGGAGGACGUGCCGGGAGAGGUGUGCAGGGCAGCCGCGCAGCUCAGCAGCCUGGUCUCUGACCUAGAGAGGACGGCCAGGGACCUGGGCGCCAGUACACUCAAGUACGCCAGUGACUUAAUGAUCAGCCGCCCCUGGGUGCACAGGCUCAUGCGAGGUGAGGCCGCCUCUGCACCUGUGGAGCCGGCAGGCCUGUUGAAGGAACAUUCUGAGCCCCUGCAGCACUGUCUGUAG